UUGGAUCUUAACUCUGUCUAAAUAUUAAUUUAACAUCAUUCCGGCGACAGCGCCACCAACGAUUGAAUGAACGACAAUACAGUUCAUCUCAUAUGUAGUUGACAAGUCCAAUUCUAGUGUUUGUAGCGAAAUGUCCGAAAUUUCACAUUCAGGGUACAAGGAUUAUGUCGCUGGUUUACUCGCUGGAGUUUCCGCUGUAGUCACUGGUCACCCUUUUGAUACCGUUAAGGUGAAGCUGCAGACGCACAACACAAAAGCACAUCUAGUUCCAUACAGAAAUGGAUUGCAUUGUACUGCUAGGAUAUUACAGACUGAAGGAAUCAAAGGAUUUUAUAGAGGAGCAACAUCAUCUUUUGCUGGGAUGGCUUUGGAAGGAUCUCUCUUUUUCGGCAUUUAUUCCCAGACAAAACAGUACCUUCAGGGUGGCGUGCAAAGCGGUGCCCCACAACCUCAAGUGGUAAUACCGUCUGCAGCUUUUAGUGGUGCCAUCAACAGUUUUGUGUUAGGUCCAACUGAACUGAUAAAGUGUAGGAUGCAGAUCCAAGGCACCGACUCUUUAGUUCCCGUGUCAAGUAGAUACAGUAGUCCCCUUGAUUGUGCCCUUAAAACUUUAAAAACAGAAGGGGUGAAAGGAGUAUUUCGUGGAAGUAGUACAACAUUGCUUAGAGAAUCUAUAGGGAAUGCUACCUUUUUCAGUGUAUAUGAAUAUAUGCGUUAUCGAAUGCAUUCAUAUAUCAAACCUGCUUCAUCCGAUUACAGUCACCUGAUUGAAAUUGGAAUUGGAGUUGUUACCGGUGGAGUUAGUGGUGUGGCCUUUUGGUUGGUAGUUAUGCCCCUUGACGUGGCAAAGACACUAAUUCAGACAAACCCGGAUAAAAACUGUCCCAGAAACCCUUUUACGAUCUUGAGUUCAAUCUACAAGAGGACUGGUUUGAAGGGGUGCUAUACAGGUCUCGGCCCCACGGUAGGUCGAGCAUUUCCGGCUAAUGCUGCAACAAUUGUCACCUGGGAGCUAGCAAUGAAAAUGCUAGGCAUUAGGCAUGACUAAGAUAAUACAACAAAGCUCAAGUAUGUUUUCAUGAAACCCAUUUUACACACUAGAACAUAGUUGGAUGAAGAGAGGAAUGCUUUUAAUAUAUUGCAUUUGAAGAUCUUCAAAUUUUCAUUUUUUUUCCUAAGUUUUUACGUAUGUAGACAGAAUACAUUAUUGCAUUUGAAGCUGCUUAAUUUUGACACUAGGGAGCUUGGUUGAUGAAGUUGAAACAAGGGGGCUUGAUUAACUUCCCCUAAUACAUGUAUUUUUUGUCCUCCAUUCUUUCUUAUGGAUAGAGCAUUUUUUUAGUGGACUACUGAAAUUA